UUCUUUAGUCCUCUUUGGGUUGUGGGCAGAAUUAGACAUUUGAUGACGUCACAUCGGGCUCUGGGAAACGGUGAUAGAGAUUUAUCACCAUUUUCUGCCUUUUUAUCGACAGAUUAAUCGAUACGGAGCACAAUUAAGUCAAAGGAAAAAUAGACAUGCAUUUGACCUCCCGGUGGCAGUAGUGCAGUAACGUAACACAAACACUGCAAUAAACGCGAAGAAGAAGAAAAGGAACCAGGAAGAGGCGUUGAAUAACAAAUUGAAAACAGAAAUGGCGGGUCUAUAAUGUCUAUAAUGUAAGCUGUAACAUGUAACGACUGGCCAGAUGUUUGUGAUGCCGACGGUUGGACUGAAGAUGUUCACAACGCAAAUGAAUGGCGUCGCUAAGCAACAAAUGGCGGGUUGUUGCUAACUAAAGCUAGCCACAUUAUGUUUAGCAACGUCCCCUUUAACGUUAAUGUAAGUUAGCUACACGGAGCGUCUUUUCUUUUUAUCGCCAACGUCACACUAAGUUGUCACUAAGGCAGUAUUUCGAUCUGUGUCGUGUAUGCUGGAACAAACUUAAAUUCACAUGUUAUUUCCACACUUCAGUGGGUCUAAAUAACGUUCACAUACAAAUAAAUAGCAGUAAAGUUACCGUCAGUCUGGCGCCGUUUAGCAGCUCACCUGUUGACAUCCAGUGAACACAAUGUCAGUCAACGGGAAAGUCCUCCCACACACUCCGCUGGCGGUGGACUUCUGGCAGGUGAGGAAGUGUCCUGGCACCCGGCUGUUCUUCCUGUCCCACAUGCACAGCGACCACACGGUGGGUCUGACCUCCACCUGGAGCAACAGACCCAUCUACUGCUCCCCGACCACUGCCACUCUGCUGAGACUCAAGCUGCAGGUGAAAGAACAGUGGAUCCAUCCAUUGGAAGUGGCCGAGCAACACCUGCUCCCACUGGAUGACAUCGGCAAGGAGACGCUGACAGUCACACUGAUAGAUGCCAACCACUGUCCAGGAGCUGUCAUGUUUCUCUUUGAAGGCUACUUUGGCUCUAUACUGUACACUGGUGACUUCAGAUAUUCUCCCUCGAUGCUGCGUGAGCCGUGCCUGAGGACAAACACCACUAUAGAUGUCCUGUACCUGGACAACACCAACUGUGACCCCAACCGCAGCCUACCCUCCAGACAGCGAGCCACUCAACAAAUCAAAGAGAUCAUCCGCAGCCAUCCCAACCACAAUGUUGUCAUAGGUCUGUAUGCACUCGGUAAGGAGUCCCUGCUGCUGGAGCUGGCAAUGGAGUUUAAAACCUGGAUCGAGGUGAGCUUUGAGAGAAUGGAGACCCUCAAAGCCCUUGAGCUGCCUGACGUCUUCACAACUGACCCGGGAGCCGGCCGCAUCCGAGUCGUGGCGCAGUCAGAGAUUUGUUCUGCCGCUUUGAACCAGUGGAACAAGGAACAACCCACUUUAGCCAUCUUGCCUACCAGCAGACCGCUGGUCUCCUUCCACCCCAACGUCCAUGUGGUUCCCUACUCAGACCACUCCUCUUACCAAGAGCUGGAGGAUUUUGUCUCUGCACUCAAACCUACCUCCCUGGUACCCAUCGUAGGAAAAUGCGUUCCUGGAAGCCUCACCGCCUUACUGCCCAGCAAAAAGCGCCACGAAAUCCUGGUGCCCGAGUCAGUGCGACACUACAUGUUGAGGCAGCCCGAGAGCCAGCUCAGCUCAUCAGCAUUCACCAGCCUUCGCCGCAGACAUUUUCAACCUAUUGCUCCCAAAGGGGUGGUGUUUGAGUCUCCAGUAAGGGCAUCCAUGAAGUCAUGUGAAGAAGCCUGGGAGGCGGAGUCCCUGGAGCAGGAUGCCUCUGAGGAGGAGAUGGACACAGAAAGCAGUGGAAAAGAAUCUGACUCUAUCCUUAUCGACCUCAGCAAGAAACUCACCCCAAACAAAAACAGAGGAGGGGCAGGAGACCUGUGGAGCCUCAACAUCGUCCAGACCGUCUCUGAAGAAAUGUUGAUGUCAGAGUCGGUGCCACUCAGUCAACUCACGCAGAGCAACUUUGUUCCCAUGGAGAUCCUGACAAACACCAAGGCCUGCUUGAAGCCUGUCAGGACCACAAGUGAAGCCAAAACAAUCAAUGAGACAGCAUCGAGUGAAAAUUACAAUCAGCAAAGCAGACGUGGAAAUGUUCAGCGCAACCACGUAUUGUCAGAUGGUGACGGGAGUCAGCACGGCAGACAUGGAAUUGAUCAGGACGAUGACAUCAUGUUAAAUGACAAUAACGUGAGUCAGCACAGUGUGACAUUACUGCAGAACAGCUCUGAUAACUGUUCCUGCAUUUCAUCAAGCUACUUGUCAGAAGUGCAGCACAAGUAUGUAGAGGAGAUUGAGAACAGUAUCCUAAAGUUUCUCCCUUUCACAGAGGAGGACCUGAAGACAUGGGGCCUCCUGCAGCAGAGCUUCCUACAACAGUUUCCUCUCUCUCCUUUACAUGACGCAGAAAAGAGGUUGUCCUCUCAGACAGAUAAUGUGACCUGAUCGUCAGGUUUUUGCCUUUCUUUAGAGGCCUUUUUGUUUCAUGUCUGUUUGUGUGUGUAUUUUAACAGAAGCACUUUAAAACUGUCACACUAUGUCUUUUGCUUUUUCCUUGGUACUGUCCUAAUUUAUAUAAUUUUCCUUAUGGUGCGUCUAUUUUGUGUGGUUGGCAGUAACCUGGAGUUUAGAAAAACAGGUGUGUGAUGAAAAAGUUUGUCCUUGGACUGGACCAGAAAGUCACUGACCAAACUUUGCACUCACCUUUCAUCACGGCAGUCUUGGCCUCCUGGAUGUUGUAAUUCUUUGUAAUUCUUUCUGUGGUCAAAGUCAUUUGUUUGUGGUGGAAAAAAAUAAUCACUGAUUUAUGGAGCGGUAUAUAAAUUACACACCAUGGAUGGGGCUGAAGCACAGCUUACAGUCAACUGUAAUUGAUAUUUGCAGAGUCAUGUUUUUACAAUAUAGAUAAGUAAGCUAAUUACUGUACUGUUUUUGCCUUGAUAGCCAGCUGUCUCAAAACACUGGUCGCUUUUUCGUCCUUCAUUUUUUGAGCAAGUCAAAGUGAGAGUCAGGGGAUUUGAAAUGUGUUGAAACUCCAGAGGAUGGAGGAGUUUUUGCUGUAAAGUGAGCUGAAAGCCAAAAUCUCAGUGCAGUUGGAGCCUAAAAGCUGAAAUAAAGUGAUAAAAUUUGCCAUAUUCCAGAUGAGCCUUUUUCACUCAAACUUUCCUUUUUUCUGCUGUGUGUCAGUCGUGGCCUUUUUAUUUUUAAAGUCUCACAUUGCUGUCAGUUGGUUCCCAUUAAAAAUGUAUUGUGGUUUUGGUGGCAGUUCUGAGUCAAGUGAAAGUUGCAACACUGGUAUUUUAUAAUGGAAAAGUAUACUUCCUGUGAUGAGUUUUUUCUUUUUUGAGAGUUUGGAGAAGAUGAUGUGCAAUUUAAGUAUUUUUUCCCAGAUGUUCUCUAGCAGCUGCAAUAGUGUUUUUUCUUUGUUAGUCUGAAGACAAAUGUGUUUGAAACACUGCUCAGUAGCACCAAAACACUCUCAGACCAACAUUUUAUUUCUUAGUAAUUGGUCUUAUUGGGGGAAAAAACUACUUGUGUUAAAUCACAUGCAUGUGUACUGAAUAGCACUAUUACAGUUUAAUGUGAGUUCCAUAAAGUUGUUUAACCACAUUUGCCAACUUUAAAAAGUAGCUGCUGUUAUGUUUUUUCCAUGUUUGGAUCAGAGUUGACGUAAACCAGCUGCGUGCAGCUCAGCUGCCCUCAGUGGGAAGUUAACAGAUCACUCUGGCAGUUUUAAUCCUACGCGUUGGACUACAGUCCUCUGUGAACCUUGUAGGAGAGCUGUAAACUUUGUGAAACCACACUUUGCCUUUUUGUUUGGUGAAAAAAAAUUCUUUUGGCUAUGGGUCAUUCAGACUAAAAGAAAGAUGAAAGACCAUUUUCCCAUUCAAGUCAGUGGGAAAGUGGUCUCAAGUCUUUUGGACCCCAUUGUACAUAUUCAAAUGUAAUUUACAUACCACCUUGUCUGUGAAGUUAUUUAGGGUAUGAAAAGGUAAACCUGUGUUUACUGUAUUUAUGUCUGUCUUUCACAUUUAUGAACAAAGCAGCAUUGUUUGUUUGGUGAAGGAAAAUUCAAUGAGUGUUUGUGAAGAAAAAAAGAAUUCAAACUGUUGUACAUGUAACUGUUAUUUGUAUGUUGAAUAAAGACUUCAUAUGUGUUAA